CUUUUAUCUGUUGAAAUAUAAAAUUUAGCCUGUUUUUUAUAUAUAAAUAAAUACUGAAAUCGAAAAAGGUAAAAAACCCUCGCUUGAAAAGCUUUUGUUUUGAAGCCAAUACUCACAACUUCCGAUUUCUUCCCCUCCCUUUUUAAUGUUGUCAAACGUGACGCAUCUCCAUGGCAACUUCUGUGGCUGCGCGGUCGCCUCACAGCGCAUCCCGUUAUUUUGCCUGGAGAGAAGGAGGCAGCUGAGAGUUUGACUGUCACAACUCGUGAGGAAUUGAAAAUAUGAAGCUUUUAAAUUUUUAGUAGUUUGUUAUUUUACUUUUGAAAAUGAGACCGUCACAAAAAGGCCGACAUGGAUACGAAACAACCAAAAGCGCCAAAUGGGGAUUGGAGGGACCUCUUUUCCCGUCGCUGAAGCGUCCGGGUGGGAUGUCCCAGCCAUGGCCCGUACGCCUGCACCCUGCAGAACACAUCCACAGAUCUCACAUCCCUCCUCCUCGUACGCUCUUUCACACCCGCUACGCCGAAGAGAGCGCAGAGCGGCCUCAUUUGGUCACUGUUGUCCACCCGUGCCAAGCUACGCUUCGAAAGGUGACGGUGCUGCUGAACCGCAGAGGUGUGGUGUCCUUUGAGCAGCUGCUGUUGGAUAUUUCAGAAGCUUUGGGUUUUCCUCGCUGGCACGGCGCCCGAGUCACACGCUUGUAUACAACACACGCCCGAGAGGUUAAAGGUGUUUGUGAUUUCUUCCGUGGUGAAGCGGCCUUCCUGGCCCUCGGUAAGGCCCGACCCGAGCUGAGCGGCCUUCAGGAGGCUUUAGAGGAGCUGUUUCCAGAACACCCACACUAUCGUGCCCACGCACUGAAAUCCUGGGAGAGGAGACUCCACCCGUCGCCUAAUAGAGCCACCAAGGCCGACAGUGGAUACAGUGAGGGGACAGACGGCAGUGGGACCAACCAAAGCACACAUGUUAAAAACCCCGAUCAUCACACGUCUCAACAUGCAGACGCACCGGAGAAGCGGGAUCCCGACUCUCAGAAAUCCUCCACAAAGGCUACACGCAGGAAACCUGCUCCUCCACCCAACCACCUGCAGAGACUGCGUGUGAAGGGUGGAGGAAGAGAGCCAAAGCCAUCUCUCGGUGCUCCUUUCAAACAUGAGGAAGCUCUGAGAGAUGCUGUCAUCCCUUCAGGAAAGCUGUGUGAAAACUGCUCAUCGAGGAGAGCGGAGCUUCAAGGUCCAGCAGUGAUCAACAAGUCUUUAGGGAUGGUCCCGCUUCCACCUGUGUCCAGGAAGCAAAAGGGAAGUUCCCACACGAAGCAGGAAGUAAAAAAUGACGUAGUUUCCAGCCCCUCACCUGCUGUGGCUGCCAGCAGAGAGGAUGAGAAGACAAACGGUCAAGCUCCUCUUGUGGAUCGGGCAGACACACACAGGAAGAAAGCCGCAGCUCUUCCCUCUGAGCGCAGCUCCAUCUCUCUGUCAGACAUCGAGCGCGUCUACGAGUUUGGACGGGUCAUUGGAGACGGCAACUUCGCUGUGGUGCGCGAGUGCCGCCGCCGGGACAGCGGAGAACCCCUGGCCUUGAAGAUAGUGGAACGCUCCAAGCUGGUCGGUCGAGAGCACAUGAUGCAGAACGAGCUGAGCCUCCUGGGGAGUCUGAGUCACCCCCGGAUAGUGCGACUGUUCGCUCACCAUCACACUCCCACACACUCGUACCUCGUGAUGGAGUUGGUGAGAGGGGGGGACCUGUUUGAAGCCAUCAGUGACAGUGGGAAGUUUCCGGAGGCUGAAGCAGGACUGAUGGUGUCGGACGUGAGCGAAGCUCUGGAGUACAUCCACGGGAAAAGCAUCGUCCACAGAGACCUCAAACCCGAGAACUUACUGAUCGAGCGCGUUGCUGCUGGUGUCUGCCGGCUGAAGUUGGGAGACUUCGGUCUUGCCAUGGUUGUGACCGAACCAGUCUUCACCAUAUGUGGCACGCCCACAUAUGUAGCACCAGAGAUCCUCCACGAGACAGGUGAUGCAUCUGCGGAGUUUCUCUGCAUCAUUUGCAUCUUCUCACUCUGGUUUUGGUUUUACCCACCAGGAUAUGGUGUAGCCGUGGACGUUUGGGCUCUGGGGGUGAUUCUGUACGUCCUGCUGUGCGGGUUCCCCCCAUUUCGCAGUCGGGAACGAGACCAGGAAGAGCUCUUCAAGCUUAUAAAGCAAGCACAGCUUCACUUCCCGUCUCCGUACUGGGACUCCAUCUCAGAGGAAGCUAAAAACCUCGUCAGAUGUUUAAUUGAAGUGGACCCCACAUUGAGGCUGACCUCAGAACAAACUCUCCAGCAUCCGUGGGUGAAAGCAAUGACAUCGGUUUGCAUGCAGAGGGCGCUCACUGAUAAAACUCAGAAGAAACUGCAAAACGCAGGAGCAAAAAUCAAGAAGCCACAGACAGAAAAUUCAGAAGAACUGCUGACAAACAAAACAGAGAGACACUGUGGAAGUAAAGAGGAAGUCACUCUCAGGAGGAAAACUCAGCUGUCAUUGAGAGAUGAUGACUCCCCAGAUAUGAACCUGCAAUCCAGAUCAUUUGAUCAGAUCAAAACAAGUGAAUCAGUGAAUCAAUCCAUGAAUAAUUUGGUUUUUCAGUCAAAGCAGAACAGUCAAAAAUCAUCAAACCAAAGAUUCAACUAGUCGCCUGACAGAAACUUAAACUCACAACAAGUUCUUUAUUUUGAUUUAUCCUGAAAUGAUUUUUAGAUCAUGUGACCAAAUCAAUGCUACUUAUGAGUUCAUUUGUCCUGCAAUCAGAAAUGUACGAUGGAAGUUAUUAGUUUUUGUUGAUGAUUUUGUUGUCCUGUCUCUUCUGUGUUCUUUUUAGUACUUUUUCUUAAGUGAUUUCUUUUUACAGGUGAUAUAUUGUGUAGAAUAUUUAGCUAUUUUUGACUAAUACUGCAAACGAGUCAUUUUUUAUCAUCUUAAAGUAGAACAUGUUAUUUUACAUCAAACUUUUAAUCCAAGUCAAUUAUUAAACAUUAUUCAACAAAAUCUUAGCUUUUUGUAUAUAUUUUUAGCUUAAAUUGCACUGGCAGGUUGUACUGUGAAGAUUUUACAAAAAAUAAGACAAGAUGUACCCAAACAGAAGCUCUGGAUAAACUUUUGUCCACGUUU